CACUAUACUUCCCGGUUGGUCAGUAACAUUGAUGGUGGCUGCACUCCUGGUCCUCAGGGAGUGGGUGACUUCCAGGAAAGUGUGGACCCUUCAUGGCCUUCCACAGCUUCUGACUGGAUCUUUUCUGCACCUUCGGGACUGAGAAUGCUUCUGAACUACAUUUCCAAAGAGUACUUGAAUGUUGUUAAUGUGCCCAUCUACAUAACUGGGAAUGGGAUGCCAACAGAGUACGGUGGGGACACUUUCAAUGACACCAGCAGAAUCGAGUACAUGCGGGGUUACAUCAAUGAGGCCUUGAAAGCAAUACUCACUGAUGGAGUGAAUGUGCAGCGGUUCACAGUGCAGUCACUCAUGGAUGGCUUUGAGGGAAAACAAGGCUACAGUGAAAGAUUUGGUCUUCACUAUGUCGAAUUUGAAAAUCCUGAGAGACCAAGAACCCCAAAGCAGUCUGCGUAUUUCUAUUCACAAGUUAUUGAGCAAAAUGGUUUUGCUUUGAGCAAAGGUGAUGUUUAUGAAGGAGUGAAGAUGCAACUCCCUCACCGUGCACCAGCUUUACCACCAUCAGAGGUUCCAUCUAAAUCAAAGGUUGUCUGGGAGAAAUUCUCACACCAGUCGGAACUCCAGAGAAAAUUGUACCACUUUGGCAAGUUCCCACAAGACUUCAGUUGGGGAGUUUCAUCUUCAGCUUACCAGAUUGAAGGAGGCUGGAAUGCUGAUGGAAAGGGGCCCAGUAUCUGGGAUGUGUACACUCACACACCUGGCACUAUGCCUGCUGAUGCAAAUGGAGAUGUAGCCUGUGACAGUUACAACAGACUUGAUGAAGACCUCUACAUGCUGAGAGCUCUGAGGGUGAAGUCAUAUAGAUUCUCUUUGUCCUGGUCCAGGAUCUUUCCUGAUGGCACUCGUUCAUCCCUGAACCAGAAAGGUGUUGACUAUUACAAUAGACUCAUUAAUGGCCUGUUGGCAAAUAAAAUCACUCCCAUGGUGACAAUUUACCAUUGGGACCUCCCUCAAGCUUUGCAAGACCGCGGUGGCUGGGAGAAUGUAGACAUGAUUGACAUUUUCAAUGACUAUUGUGACUUCUGCUUUGCCGCCUUUGGUGACAGAGUGAAACUGUGGAUGACCAUCAACCAGCCUCACUCAAUUGCAUGGCUAGGAUAUGGGCUUGGAACGAUCCCACCAAGCAUUAAGAAUCCAGGAAUUUCACCAUACAUAGUUGCACACAACCUGAUCAAAGCUCACGCCAAGGCUUACCAUACAUAUGAUGACAAGUAUCGCACAUCCCAAGGAGGUUUAGUAUCCAUUGCUCUCAAUGCAGAUUGGAUUGAACCUAAAGAUGCCAAUGUUCCCCGUGAUGUGGAAUCUGCUGACCGUGCACUGCAGUUCCAACUGGGUUGGUUUGCACAUCCCAUUUUCAAGAAUGGUGACUAUCCUGAUGCGAUGAAGUGGCAAAUUUCAGCCAAAAGUGAACUCCAAGACCUCUCAGAGUCAAGACUCCCUUCCUUCACUGAAGAGGAAAAGAACUACAUCAAGGGAACUGCUGAUAUGUUUUGUAUAAAUCAUUACACUACAAAGGUAGUAACAUUUGCUACAGGAAAGCUUUCCCCUUAUUCAUAUGACGAUGACCGGGACGUGUUAGAAACAGAGGAACCUGAUUCACCAACUACGGCCUACGCAGGACAAAGAGCUGUGGCAUGGGGCUUGAGAAGACUCCUCAACUGGAUCAAGGAGGAGUAUGGAAAUCCACAGAUUUAUGUUACUGAGAAUGGAGUGCCUUCACCCUUUCCUAUCACAAUUGAAGACACAGACAGAAUAUUUUAUUACAAAUCUUACAUUGAUGAGGCUUUAAAGGCUCAAAAUCUUGACGGUGUAAACGUGAAAGGAUACAUGGCAACAUCUCUCAUGGAUUCUUUUGAGUGGAUGAAUGGAUAUAACUUUUUGUUUGGAUUGCACCAUGUUGACUUCAAUAACCCAAACCGGCCAAGGACACCCAAGCGCUCGGCUCACUAUUAUUGCCAGGUCGUAAAGGACAAUGGUUUCCUGGCAACAGAUGAUGACAAAAUACUUUAUGGAGAUUUUCCGAAAGAUUUUUGGUGGAGCACUUCCAGCUCCGCUUACCAGAUUGAAGGUGGUUGGAGAGCCGAUGGAAAAGGAUUUAGUAUCUGGGAUGAGUUUUCCCACACUCCUGGGAGUGCCAAUGGCGAUAAUGGCGAUGUUGCUUGCAAUAGUUACAACAAGCUUGAUGAGGAUAUCGAGGUGCUGAAGAAGUUGAAAGUGACCCACUAUCGCUUCUCUGUGUCCUGGCCCAGAGUGCUUCCUGACGGCACUAAUAAGAACAUUAAUGAAGCUGGACUCAACUACUACCACAGAUUACUGGAUGCUUUGAAAGCUGCAAAUAUUCAGCCCCAGCUGACACUUUACCACUGGGAUCUUCCAUUAGAGCUUCAGAAAGUAGGAGGCUGGGAGAAUGAAACCAUUGUCCAAAGAUUCAGAGAAUAUGCAGAUGUUUUAUUCAGCCGACUUGGAAGUAAAGUAAAGUUUUGGAUCACCCUCAAUGAAGCCUGGAUUGUAGCCAACCUUGGCUAUGGAUAUGGAAACUUUGCUCCAGGCGUUCAGGGUAAGCACUACAUUGCAGCUCACAACCUAAUCAAGGCCCAUGCUGAGGCCUGGCAUCUCUACAAUGACAAGUAUCGAGCGACACAAGGUGGUAUCAUCUCCAUUACCAUCAAUUCUGAAUGGGCAGAGCCAAGAAACCCAAAUAAGCAGGAGGAUUUGGAUGCAACCAGGCGCUACAUGCAGUUCUUUAUUGGCUGGUUUGCCCAUCCCAUCUUCAGGGGCGAUUAUCCUGAAAUAAUGAAAAAAGUCGUUCGUGAAAGAAGCCUCACUGCAGGUCUCCCUAAAUCACGGCUCCCAGAGUUUACCCCUGAGGAAGUCCAAAGGAUCAAUGGGACUCAUGAUUUCUUCGGCUUAAACUUUUACACUGGUGUUAUUGUAUUCCUUGUUGAUUAUGGAAAUGAGGACAAUUAUGAUGCUGACAGGGGGAUUACGUUCAUAUACGACCACACCUGGAUCGGCUCUGGCUCCUCCUGGUUGCACAUCACUCCAUUUGCAUUUAGGAGAAUCCUCAAGUUUAUUAAGGAUGAGUAUGGAAACCCACCCAUCUAUGUUACAGAGAAUGGGAUCUCAGAAAAAGGAGCAGUGGACUUGAAUGACGUCCAUAGAGAGUACUUCUACGAGAACUACAUUAAUGCUGGCCUUAAAGCCCGUGUUCUGGAUGGAGUUGAUCUGAGAGGCUACACAGCCUGGUCGUUAAUGGACAACUUUGAGUGGGCUUCUGGCUAUGCUGAGCGAUUUGGACUUUUCUUUGUGAACCGCUCAGACCCUGCUCUGCCUCGCAUCCCGAAAAAGUCAGCAUCUUACUAUACCUCCCUCAUCAACUGCAAUGGCUUCAAAGAUCCGGCCCUCGGACCCCAUGAGUGUUUGAACCCUGAAGCUGAAGCUACACCUGCAGCUACAGCCACAACUCCCUCGCCUGCAACUACAGCAGAGAACUCUGAAAAGACAACCAUGUCUGGUUAUCCUCUGGACAAAGUGGACUUCUUGGGUCAGCAGCUUUCAGCUGAUGAUGCUGAAGUGUCACUUUAUGUCCUGUUCGGAUUUCUCCUUGCAAGUCUCCUUGGCAUCAUCGCCGUUGUGUAUGUGCUCCUGGCAACAAGAAAGAAGUUGAAGAGAGCAUCUAAGGAAUUAUUUAAGAUGGACAGAAUGUGGACUCAUUCAAUGGACAAUAUGUCUCUCUUGAGGAAGAUUCUUCCUCUGUGUCUGAUAGCUGUAUAUGGCUGCCUGAGUCAGAAACAUGACCAUCAACUUGAGGCCAUGUUUCUUGCAGGCCCCAUGUCCAACAAACAGGUGACGGGCCUCAAUGGAGAAACAUCUGACAAGGCAUUGCUGGACACCUUUGACUGCAGUCAUCCCAUACCUCCUGAUUCUACAAAGUACUUUGAGUACCUCCAGAGCCGAGGGGUGACUCACUUCAAGGUACCGCUGUCAUGGACUCAGCUCCUUCCUUCAGGCCUCCCCAGCCAGCCCCAACAGGCUGUGGUUAACUGCUACCAGACCCUGAUGAAGCAGCUGCACCAGGUGGGACUUGAGCCUCUGGUCAUCCUUCAUGGAUCCACUGUACCAGACUCUCUGAGAUCAAGGUAUGGACGCUGGGAGAGCAAGAAGCUGGUACAGAUGUUUCAGCAGUAUGCAGAGUUUGUUUUUGUACAGUUUGGAGACCUGGCAAAGACCUGGAUGACACUGAGCAGCUUGGAUGAGCUGAACAAUGCUGACCUGCAAAACGCUCUUCAUGCACAUGCCAGUGUCUACCGCCGCUACCACCAACUGUUUCCAGAGAGAGAUGGACAAGUAUCAGUUGGGACAAAGGCCAGUAAAAUUCCAGACAUCUGUGAUACCCAACUGCUGACAUAUUUAGAUUUCCUGUCCAUUAAAGUUCAAUAUGACUGCGCCGCUGGACAACACUUGGCCAAGCAGCUACAAAGUGUGAUGGGAAAGUGUGGAGACACACCCAUAGUAAUUUAUGAGCUGAAUACUAUCAACUGUUCUCCUCAUCAGUUUCUGUCGGACACCAAACUCUUAAAGGAAGUGAGUAAUAGAGGCCAAACUAUUGUUGGAAUUGACAUGGUGAAUAUGUUACAUCUAGCUGACUGUCCUCCAAAAAGAGAUGCCUUGGACAACAGAAACAAUCUACUUAUGUCAUUGUGUUCAACGACUUACUGCAACACUUGGAACCAUUUUGCCACCAUGUCCUCAUCUGUAAGAGACGCCUUCCUGAAGGAAUCCUUCCCCCCUGGUUUCCAGUGGGCCACCUCCACUGAGUCCUUCAAAGUUGAAGGAGGCUGGAAAGCAGAUGGGAAGGGAGAAACCAUUUGGGACCGUUUUGGUCAUGAACAUCAAGCCUUUGAAAAUCAGACCAUUGAUUUAGCAUGUGACAGUUACAACAAGGUGGACUAUGAUGUCUACCUCCUGCGAGGUCUUCAAGUCAACACCUACCAGUUCUCCAUCUCCUGGGCCCGUAUUUUCCCCUCAGGCCACCGAGGAAGCCUAUCAGAGAAAGGGGCUCUCUAUUAUGACAAGCUGAUCGAUGCUCUCAUUGAAUCUGGCAUACAACCUGUUGUCACUCUCUAUCAUUGGGAUCUGCCCCAGGCACUCCAAGAUGCUGGUGGAUGGACCAACCCAUCCAUUGUUGAAGCUUUCAAGGACUAUGCAGACUUCUGUUUCUCCAGGUUUGGAGACAGGGUCAAAACCUGGAACACAUUCAGCAGUCCCUGGGUGGUGAGCCAUGCUGGGUAUGGCACUGGUGAGCACGCCCCUGGAAUAAAGGAUUAUGUGGUUUCUUCCUAUCAGGUCACCCACAAUAUGCUCAAGUCCCAUGCUGAAGCCUGGCAUGUCUACAAUGACAAUUACAGGAAGACACAAGGAGGGAAAGUGGGCAUUGCGCUGAACUCUGACUGGGCUGAACCCAAAAACCCCGCUAUACCUGAAGACGUAGCAGCUGCAGAUCGCUACCUGCAGUUCAUGCUGGGCUGGUUUGCACACCCUAUAUUUGUAGAUGGAGAUUAUCCUGCAGAACUCAAAACUCAGAUUGAACUGAAAAGAACUAAGUGUCCCAGCUCUGAGCCUGCAAGACUUCCAGUUUUUACUCCCUCAGAGAGCAAGAGGAUACUUGGAACUGCUGACUUUUUUGGACUGAACCACUACACUUCCCGGUUGGUCAGUAACAUUGAUGGUGGCUGCACUCCUGGUCCUCAGGGAGUGGGUGACUUCCAGGAAAGUGUGGACCCUUCAUGGUCUUCCACAGCUUCUAACUGGAUCUUUUCUUCACCUUCGGGACUGAGAAUGCUUCUGAACUACAUUUCCAAAGAGUACUUGAAUGUUGUUAAUGUGCCCAUCUACAUAACUGGGAAUGGGAUGCCAACAGAGUACGGUGGGGACACUUUCAAUGACACCAGCAGAAUCGAGUACAUGAGGGGUUACAUCAAUGAGGCCUUGAAAGCAAUACUCACUGAUGGAGUGAAUGUGCAGCGGUUCACAGUGCAGUCACUCAUGGAUGGAUUUGAAGGAAAACAAGGCUACAGUGAAAGAUUUGGUCUUCACUAUGUUGAUUUUGAAAGUCCUGACAGACCAAGAACCCCAAAGCAGUCUGCGUAUUUCUUUUCACAGGUCAUCGAGCAAAAUGGUUUUGCUUUGAGCAAAGGUAAUGUUUAUGAAGGGGUGAAGAUGCAACUCCCUCACCGUGCACCAGCUUUACCACCAUCAGAGGUUCCAUCUAAAUCAAAGGUUGUCUGGGAGAAAUUCUCACACCAGUCAAAUUUCCAGAGACUAUUAUACCACUAUGGCACAUUCCCACAAGACUUCAGUUGGGGAGUUUCAUCUUCAGCUUACCAGAUUGAAGGAGGCUGGAAUGCUGAUGGAAAGGGGCCCAGUAUCUGGGAUGUGUAUACUCAUACACCUGGCACUAUGCCUGCUGAUGCAACUGGCGAUGUAGCCUGUGACAGUUACAACAGACUUGAUGAAGACCUCUACAUGCUGAGAGCUCUGAGGGUGCAGUCAUACAGAUUCUCUUUGUCCUGGUCCAGGAUCUUUCCUGAUGGUACUCGUUCGUCCCUGAACCAGAAAGGUGUUGACUAUUACAAUAGACUCAUUAAUGGCCUGUUGGCAAAUAAAAUCACUCCCAUGGUGACAAUUUACCAUUGGGACCUCCCUCAAGCUUUGCAAGACCGCGGUGGCUGGGAGAAUGUAGACAUGAUUGACAUUUUCAAUGACUAUUGUGACUUCUGUUUUGCCACCUUUGGUGACAGAGUGAAACUGUGGAUGACCAUCAACCAGCCUCACUCAAUUGCAUGGCUAGGAUAUGGGCUUGGAACGAUCCCACCAAGCAUUAAGAAUCCAGGAAUUUCACCAUACAUAGUUGCACACAACCUGAUCAAAGCUCACGCCAAGGCUUACCAUACAUAUGAUGACAAGUAUCGUGUAUCCCAAGGAGGUUUAGUAUCCAUUGCUCUCAAUGCAGAUUGGAUUGAACCUAAAGAUGUCAAUGUUCUUCGUGAAGUGAGGGCUGCUGACCGUGCAUUGCAGUUCCAACUGGGUUGGUUUGCACAUCCCAUUUUCAAGAAUGGCGACUAUCCUGAUGCAAUGAAGUGGCAAGUUGGAAACAAAAGUGAACUCCAAGAUCUCUCAGAGUCAAGACUCCCUUCCUUCACUGAAGAGGAAAAGAACUACAUCAAGGGAACUGCUGACAUGUUCUGUAUAAAUCAUUACACUACAAAGAUAGCAAGUCAUGUUACAGGUCAGCUUUCACCUUAUUCAUAUCAACAUGACAAGGACAUGUCAGAGGCAGAGGAAAGUGAUUCACCAACCACAGCCAUCACAAACCAGAGAGCUGUGGCAUGGGGCUUGAGAAGACUCCUCAACUGGAUCAAGGAGGAGUAUGGAAAUCCACAGAUUUAUGUUACUGAGAGUGGAGUGGGUACAUUGACUGAGGUCACAGUCGAUGAUACAGACAGAGUAUUUUACUACAAAACCUAUGCUGAUGAAGCUUUAAAGGCUCAAAGUCUUGAUGGUGUAAAUGUGAAAGGAUACAUGGCAACAUCUCUUAUGGAUUCUUUUGAGUGGCUGAAUGGAUACAACUUUGGAUUUGGAUUGCACCAUGUUGACUUCACGAAUCCAAACCGGCCAAGGACACCCAAGCACUCGGCUCACUAUUAUUACCAAGUCAUGAAAGACAACGGUUUCCCAUUACCAGAUGAUGAGAAGAUACUUUAUGGAGAAUUUCCAAAAGAUUUUUACUGGAGCACUGCUAGCGCCUCCUACCAGAUUGAAGGCAGCUGGAGAGCCGAUGGAAAGGGAUUGAGUAUCUGGGACAAGUUUGCCCAUACUCCUUUGAGAGUGGGUGACAGCGAUAAUGGCGAUAUUGCUUGUGAUAGUUACAACAAGCUUGACGAGGAUAUUGAGGUGCUGAAGAAGUUGAAAGUGACCCACUAUCGCUUCUCUGUGUCCUGGUCCAGAGUGCUUCCUGACGGCACUAAUAAGAACAUUAAUGAAGCUGGACUCAACUACUACCACAGAUUACUGGAUGCUUUGAAAGCUGCAAAUAUUCAGCCCCAGAUUACGCUGUACCACUGGGAUCUUCCAUUAGAGCUUCAGAAAGUAGGAGGCUGGGAGAAUGAAACCAUUGUCCAAAGAUUCAGAGAUUAUGCUGAUGUUUUAUUCAGCCGACUUGGAAAUAAAGUAAAGUUCUGGAUCACCCUCAACGAACCCUACAUUGUAGCCAACCUUGGCUAUGGAUAUGGGACCUUUGCUCCAGGCGUUUUUGGUAAACAGUACGAUGCAGCUCACAACCUAAUCAAAGCCCAUGCAGAGGCCUGGCAUCUCUACAAUGACAAGUACCGAGCAACACAAGGUGGUGUCAUCUCCAUUACCAUCAAUUCUGAUUGGGCUGAACCAAGGAACCCAUAUAAGCAGGAAGAUGUGGAUGCAGCCAUGCGUUACUUGCAGUUCUUUAUUGGCUGGUUUGCCCAUCCCAUCUUCAAAGGUGAUUAUCCAGAAAUAAUGAAAUCAAUCAUUCAAAGAAGAAGCCUCGCUGCAGGUCUCCCUAAAUCACGACUUCCAGAGUUUACCCCUGAGGAGAUCAACAGGAUCAAAGGGACUCAUGAUUACUUUGGCUUAAACCAUUACACGACGGUCCUUGCAUACCCUUAUGAUUUAGGAAAUCAGCAGGAUUAUGAAGGUGACAGGGGUACUAGACAAACUCACGACCGCACCUGGAUCGGAUCUGGCUCCUUCUGGUUGAAAAUCACUCCAUUUGGAUUUAGGAGGCUCCUCAAGUUUAUUAAGGAAGAGUAUGGAAACCCAGCCAUCUAUGUCACAGAGAAUGGGAUCUCAGAACGAGGAGUAGUAGACUUGAAUGAUGUCUUCAGAAUGUACUUCUAUGAGAACUACAUUAACCAGGGUCUGAAAGCCCGUGUUCUGGAUGAAGUCGAUCUGAGAGCAUACACAGCCUGGUCGUUAAUGGACAACUUUGAAUGGGCUGCUGGCUUUGCCGAGCAAUUUGGCCUUUUCUUUGUGAACCGUUCAGACCCUGAUCUGCCUCGCAUCCCUAAAAAUUCAGCAUUGCGCUAUGCUACUAUCAUCACCUGCAAUGGCUUCCCAGAUCCUGCCAAUGGACCCCAUGAGUGUUUGAGCCCUGAAGCUGAAGGUACGCCUGCCCCGACUCCAGAGCCUGGCUAUCCUCUGGACAAAGUGAACUUCUUGGGUCAGCAGCUUUCAGCUGAUGAUGCUGAAGUAUCACUUUAUGUCCUGUUCGGAUUUCUCCUUGCAAGUCUCCUUGGGAUCAUCGGCUUUGCGUAUGGGUUCCUGACAACAAGAAAGAAGGUUAAGAAAGCGUCCAAGGAAUCAGUAAAGAUGGACAGAAUGUGAGGAAAACUUAGGAAGACAGUCAAAACCAGCCGGGGUUCUGUUCAACACUCAGAAGCUGUUUAUUUGUUACAAAAUGUGAUAUUAAAUUUCUUAUCAAGUUGGCUGGUAAAAUUGUGCUUGUAAAUUAUAAUUUAGUAAAUGCUAAAUUAAUAGGUGAUGACAGUUAGCAUUUUUAACAUGGUUGUAAUGUGUUUGAUUGAAAUAUCACUGGAUGUCAGAACUUAACACACCUUGAUUCACAUUUACAGUUUUGCAGUUACUUUAUUAUAUGCUUUUACCUCUACUGGCAGAAAUAUGUGAUACCAGAAACAUAAUUUCAGGGAUUCAUAUUUGAAUUUGUUUUGCUCAAUUAUACCAACUGAAAUAAAACAUUGAAUUUUAUUUUAUGUUUUGAAUUUGUAUAUCAUAAAUUUAAACUGUAUCACAAUAAACCUGAAACCAAAAACCUACA